ACAACUUCCCCUGUUGGCAGUGAAGUCUGCACCGCUCGAGUGUUCACUAGAACGCAGACCAAAACCCCACCCAGAAGUCGUUGUGCUCGCUGCGUGCUGGCCACUUUACAGGAGCCCAGUUGUCCGUGUUGAGCCUGCGUUACCAUGACGGCGUUGGACAGGAGCCCAUUACUGGUGGUCAUUUUUCUGUGGAUGAGUUUUGGAAAAGUGUCUGCCGCUCUGACAGAGCCACAGAUCUGUUACGUGCUGGAUGGAAUCCUGUUUCUGUACGGCAUCAUCCUGACGGCUCUCUACUGCAGAAUCAAGAUCUACAAUGGUAAGGAGGCUGCAGCUGAGAAGGCAAAGGGCAAGCAGAAUGUUGAAGAGGGUAUCUAUACGGGGUUGACUCCUCAUGCCCAGGACACUUAUGAAAGUAUUGGCAUGAAAAAGUGACACAAUGACCGAAAGUCCAAAAAGUGCAUGCAUCAAUGUUUGUUCCCCUUUUGCUUUUGUAGAAUGAGUGGUAAGCUACAAAGGACGACACAGAAACAGGGAAGUUGAUCCCUCAGAAAUGCAUAACUUUAACUAUAUAAAGUUUUUUUUAUUAAGUUUAUUUUUUACAGGUCUGUUGCACAUAUUUAAUUUUGACGCAAACAUGUUUUGAAAACUAACGCUUCAGACACAUCUUAUAUCGUAAUUCAUUUAAACAAAAAAUGUAAUGUUGUGGAUGGAUGUUUUAUGUCAUGUGUCAGACAGUCCAACUAACUUCCUCUUUAAGGCCAUUUGAAAUAUAUUAAAAGUAUUCUACUCUUGUGCAACAUGGUAGAAGGUGAAUUACAGUUAAAGCUCCAGCCUUACAGAGAUACUGAGCAGUGUUUCCUGCACACCACAGGAUGGCAGUGAUGGUGUCUUUAGUGAAGUCCUUACAAGUCCACGCACACGCACACGCACACGCACACACACACACACACACACACACACACACACACACACACACACACACACACACACACACACACACACACUCACGCACACACACAGGAGUCUGAAAGAAAUCAAGGAAAUAACAUGGACUGCUGUAAAGAUUGCGAUGUAAACUGCUGCCUGUAAGAUGCAUAGAGCUGUUAUACAUACGGAAAAACCUAUUAAAUGUUCAACGUGCUUAUUAAAUAACGUUGUCUCUCUUUGAA